AUGAGUUUUAAAACCAAAGUCGUCUUAAUUACUGGAGCUAGCUCCGGAAUUGGGGCAGCAGCAGCCAUAGAAUUCGCUAAGGAGGGCGCUAAGGUCGCGAUCGUUGGCAGAAAUGUGGAAAAACUGCAAACAAUUUCCGAUAAUUGUGAAAAAUAUGGAUCUAAACCGUUGCUGAUUGCGGCCGACAUUUCUAUAGAUGACGAAGCAAAACGUGUUGUACAAAAAGUCAUCGAGGAAUAUGGCCACCUUGAUGUUUUAGUAAACAAUGCUGGGCUUGCCAAAUACGGAUCUAUUUUGGAUGGCAACAUCUUGGAAGCUUACGAUGCCACAAUAAAGAUAAAUCUCCGAGCCCACAUCAACGUUACAGCACUAGCAACACCACAUCUAAUUAAAACUAAAGGUAACAUCAUAAACAUUUCUAGUGUCGGUGGAACCCUGGUGCCAAAACAAUGCUCAAAAACUCCGUACUAUAUAUCUAAAGCAGCUCUGAAUCAUUUUACACGCUGUGCCGCGCUAGAGCUGUCAAGCAAAGGCAUUAGGGUCAACACUGUGAGCCCUGGACCUGUGAAAACUGACUUUCUGGUGAACAGCGGUGUUACGUCAUACAAAUUUGAAGAUAUGGCGGUGGAUAUGCCGCUUCAGAGAGUAUCAGAUCCGAUAGAAAUCGCACGCAUUAUCUUGUUUUUGGCUAGUGAUAAUGCUGUUGGGAUUACUGGCUCGGAGUAUGUAGCUGACAAUGGUUUCCUAUUGACUUAG